CAGAUGCCUCCUUGAGGAACCCCAUCUCACAAUUUGUUGACUGAAUUAGAAGUGCUAAUCUGCGCCUCAUGCCCUUUCCGCAUCCCCCACCCCCAACUCUCACUCUGCCCUACACGAAUGAUCGUAAAACGUCCAGCUUUCACUAACUUUGCUUGCUUGGACCAAACUAGACAAUACAACAGCCACUUUAUGAAAUUAGGGUAGGAAAUCAUACAAAAGCAAAAUUCAGAGUGUGCUGGCUUGGCUUGUUUUAGUAUGUUUUGUUCAGGCCUUCUUCAUUUUUAAAUCGAGAUAACGCUGUUUAAGAACAAAUGUGGGCGGAAAACGGGAGUGAGCAGAAGGCUAUUUCAUUUAAAAGGACAAGCUGAGAAGGAGGGCACGCAAAGAGCAGCUUUUCUGAGUUGUUGCUUGCCAAAUGCUGACGGAGGCAGUCCUAAUGAAUCAUUCUGGAUUGUGAUCAUGUGCUACAAGCCUUCAGUGCUCUGCCGAAGAGGAAGUGCAGCUUGUUUUCUUUUUCUUGGUUCCUCUGCUGUAGGAAGAUGAAAGGAGGCGGCGGCGGCGGCGGCAGCGGCAGCAGCAGCAGCAGCAGCAAGAGGAGGCAAAAUUAGUCGAGGAACUCUCCUUGAUUCUAGAGCUCAGAUGGAGGCCCUUGAAUGGGACCCACCAGACAAUGACACAUUCCCACCAACUCUGAGUCCAGCGGUGCCUCCGUAUGUUAAGCUGGGUCUGACCAUUGCCUAUACGAUUUUUUAUUCACUUCUGUUCGUGUUCAUCUACAUCCAGCUCUGGCUGGUCCUGCACUACCGACACAAGAGGUUUAGUUAUCAGACUGUAUUUUUAUUUCUCUGCCUGCUCUGGGCUUCUCUUAGGACGGUGCUUUUUUCGUUUUACUUCAAAGACUUUGUUGUGGCAAAUUCUCUCGGCCCUUUUGCCUUCUGGCUUCUUUACUGCUUCCCCGUGUGCCUCCAGUUUUUUACACUGACACUGAUGAAUCUUUACUUCACUCAGGUGAUUUUCAAAGCUAAAUCAAAAUACUCACCAGAGCUACUUAAAUACAGGUUGCCUCUCUACCUAGUGUCAUUCCUUGUCAGUCUACUUUUUCUGCUGGUGAAUUUAACAUGCGCAGUGCUUGUGAGAAAAGAGAAUUCUGAAAGGAAAAUCAUUGUAUUGGUACGGGUUGCUAUAAACGACUCAUUGUUUGUGCUGUGUGCCAUCUCACUCUCUAUCUGUCUCUACAAGAUAUCCAAGAUGUCCUUAGCAAAUAUUUACUUGGAAUCCAAGGGUUCAUCUGUAUGUCAGUUAACAACCAUAGGAGUGACUGUUAUACUACUUUAUACUUCAAGAGCCUGUUACAACCUGUUCAUUUUAUCAUUUUCUCAAAGCAAGACAGUGAAUUCUUUUGAUUAUGAUUGGUACAAUGUGUCUGAUCAGGCAAAUCUGAAAUGUCAGCUGGGCGAUGCUGGAUAUGUUGUAUUUGGAAUAAUUCUCUUUGUGUGGGAACUUCUGCCCACAUCCUUAGUAGUGUUCUUUUUCCGUGUUCGAAACCCUACAAAAGACCUGACAAACCCAGGGAUAGUACCAACUCAUGCAUUCAGUCCAAGAUCUUACUUCUUUGACAAUCCUCGCAGAUAUGACAGUGAUGAUGAUUUGGCAUGGAGCAUAUCGCCACACAGUAUACACAGCAGUUUCUCCCCUGAUUACUAUGACUGGGGACAUCAAAGCAACAGCUUUAUGGCUCAUGUUGGAUCCCUGCAGCAAGAUUGCGUAUCAGAGACAGAACGACCAAGCCCAAUGUAACACCAACCCAAUGGCAUUUUUAAAAAACAAAUCAGCAUCAGUAAUAGGGCACAAGUUACAGGGGGAUAGCGUGGCUCAUGGAAAAAUAUAGGAGGAAAAGCAAGCUACAGGUUUACUUUAGAAAGCCACACUAUAGUUAUAUUUUCAUUCCAAGAUGCCUUGUUUAGGCUGUGAUCUUGCAAAGAUUUGCACAUGUACUUAUACAUUGGAUAAUUCUUUCUGAAAUCACUGAGUCUUCUUUUCUAAUGAAGACUAAAUACAAAAGUGUUAUUUACGAGACUGUGUCUUAAGAAAAAAUAUCUGUAUCCUGUAUUUUCGGUUAUUUUUAUGUUGGAAAGUGACUGCUAUAAAUUUAGAGUCCUUUUCUUACAUUAUUACUGUUUAAAUGUACAGAAAUAUUUUUAUUUAAAAUGCCAGUUUCAUGUUAAAAAGUAUAAUGUACAGUGUAACGUAUCAAUAGGAGUUGCAACUAUUAUACAGUCUUUUGACAAUGUUGAUAUAAAACACUGUAAAAAAUACACCUAGUUCCAACAAUAUAUUCAUUUUUUUUAAAAAAAGUCUUGAUUACUUGACAUGCAUAGAAUAAGUGACAAGCGAGUUUUGUCAGUUGUGAUUAAUGAGGAGCUAAUUUUCAGUUUCAUGCAAUCCUACCACGUGGAAAGAAUAGGUAUAAUUCUUCAGCUAAUUGGGAUAGAUAAUUUUUAAAAGCACAAAAUAUUUUUUUUUAAAAGAUAACCAGGAAUCCAGUAUUUUAUGCAAGCAAACAGCAAUUCUGCAUGUAAUUGACCACUUUACAGCUAACCUUAAAGAGUAAAUACUGUCUGUUCAAGUCUUAAUAGAAAGAAAGCCAAAACUUUUAACUGUAUUUACCACUGGAUAAAUAUGGGUCAUAGUUCAUUUUUUACCAGUUUGUCCCAAAUUCACUGUAAUUUUGUGCACAUGUUAUUUCCAAUUAUCAGCUGUGGUUCUUGCAAAAAAUGCAUGAAAAUCAUCUGAACACUUAAUGAUUAUUCAAAGAUCUGGUGUCAAAUCCAGUUCUCUGCAUUUUACUGAUAAUCCAGGCUUCGUCUGCAUUUUCUGUUCAACGUUGCGGGUACAUUAGCACAUGCUAGAUCGUAUUUCUGUACAAUGACAAUUUUAGACAGUGUAUGGAAUGUACAACCAAUUGUUGACAAAAGUCAAAUGGGGGGUGGGGGGAAUCUCUCCCUCAUAUGGGAGAAUGUUUUGUAAAUAAGUGAAUAGAUGUAUUGACAAGGGAACAAUGCUUUCUAAUGCCUAAAGAAACUGUUACCACCUCCUUUGCUACUAUCUACUUCAAAUAUUACUCAUCUGUAGAAUUCAGACCAAAUAGGCAGCCUAUGUUGAGUACAGCAAUAGAAAAGGAUAUAAACCGCCCAGAGAGCUUUGGUUAUGGGGCGGUCUAUAAACGUAAUAAAAUAAAUGGUUGGAUGAAAAUGCCUUGGCUGGCUAAGCUGAAUAAGGUAGAUUCCAGCACCAGUGUAGGGGUCUCCUUUGGGCAGAGAUAUAUAGGAUUAUCUAAGUUAUAUCUACCCUGGGCUCAAAUAAUAAAAAGCUACACCAAGGAGAGCUGAAUCUUCUGACCUAAAUUGUACAGAUUUAUUUUGCAUAAUAAAUUUUCUUUCAGCCACAGAGAGGGUCAGGAACUAUGCUAACAAAUUGAGAGAACUGCUUUAGACCAAGAAGAUAAGCUUCUGAUUUCAGUUGCAUGGCCCCCUUGGUAGAACCAGGGCAGGCAGAACCAGGACCAAGCAUGGUAAACUAGAUUAGUGAAGAGGAAGGAGAAUCUGGCAAAAGCUGGAGCUUACUGACUUUUCAAACCCAAAUAUUAUUUAUGGAGUUUACUCUCAAGUAAAGUAUGUACAUCAAAUUGCUGCCCAUGUGUAUACUUCGCUUUGGUGCUGCAUUUAUGAAGUAAAUUAUUUUAUUCAGUCAUUAGCAGGGAAAGAACAGUAUGCUUGCAGCCCACUCAGAACAGUCGCAUGAAGUGCCUGUUCUUUCACUUCCCCUUAUACUCCAUCAGGCCUGCCCAACUGCAAUUCAUCCACCAAACAAACAUGGUGCCCCAAGCCUGACAAAAGCCCACAAGGUAGGCGUUAAAACUAGAAGGCUCCCCCUGCCGUUUCCAGGGUAGAAGUUACAAACACCUGUCUAGAUUGUUGUUGUUAUGUGCCUCCAAGUCAAUUACUACUUCUGGCAACCCUAUGAAUCAGUGACCUCCAAUCACAUCUGUCAUGAACCACUCUGUUCAGAUCUUGUAAGUUCAGGUCUGUGGCUUCCUUUAUGGAAUCAACAUGUCUCUUGUUUGGUCUUCCUCUUUUUCUACUCCCUUCUGUUUUUCCUAGCAUUAUUGUCUUUUCUAGUGAAUCAUAUCUGCUCAUUAUGUGUCCAAAGUAUGAUAACCUCAGUUUCAUCAUUUUAGCUUCUAGUGAUAGUUCAGGUUUAAUUUGUUUAACUCCCAAUUAUUUGUGUUUUUCGUGGUCCAUGGUAUGCGCAAAGCUCUCCUCCAACACCACAUUUCAAAGGAGUUGAUUUUUCUCUUAUCCACUUUUUUCACUGUCCAACUUUCACAACCAUACAUAGAGAUCGGGAAUACCAUGGUCUGAAUGAUCCUGACUUUAGUGUUCAGUGAUGCAUCUUUGCAUUUGAGGACCUUUUCUAGUUCUCUCAUAGGUGCCCUCCCCAGUCCUAGCCUUCUUCUGAUUUCUUGACUAUGGUCUCCAUUUUGGUUAAUGACUGUGCUGAGGUAUUGAUAAUCCUUGACAAGUUCAAUGUCCUCAUUGUCAACUUUAAAGUUACAUAAACCUUCUGUUGUCAUUACUCUAGUCUUUUUGACAUUCAGAUGUAGUCCUGUUUUUGUGCUUUCCUCUUUUAACUUUCAUCAGCAUUCGUUUCAAAUCAUUACUGGUUUCUGCUAAGAGUAUGGUAUCGUCUGCAUAUCUUAAAUUAUUGAUAUUUUUCCCUCCAGUUUUCACACCUCCUUCAUCUUGGUUCAAUCCCGCUUUCCGUAUGAUAUGUUCUGCAUAUAGAUUAAACAAAUAGGGUGAUAAAAUACACCCCUGUCCCACACUCUUUCCGAUUGGGAACCAAUCGUUUUCUCCAUAUUCUGUCCUUACAGUAGCCUCUUGUCCAGAGUAUAGGUUGCGCAUCAACCUGUCUAGAUAUAGACUCUGAUUUCAUUAAGUUAUCACCCAUGUGCCAUACAAUUUAGUACAAUUUUGGUACAAAUUUCUCACUUGUCCUACCAAAUAAAAACCUCUGUCUUAAGCUUGAUCGUGUUUUUGUUACGAACACCACUUGCCCCUGACCUCCCCCAUUUAUGUCCAAAAAAUUAAGGCUGCAAUUCUACAGCCCUAGGAAAAACAUCACAGAGGCACAUAGGAUAAAUAAUUUCUUCCUUUCCAACCUAUAAAGUUAUGGUGUGGCCACAUUCGGAAUACUGUGUACAGUUCUGGUCGCCUCAUCUCAAAAAGGAUAUUAUAGAGUUGGAAAAGGUUCAGAGGAGGGCAACCAGAAUGAUCAAGGGGAUGGAGCGACUCCCUUACGAGGAAAGGUUGCAGCAUUUGGGGCUUUUUCGUUUAGAGAAAAGGCGGGUCAGAGGAGACAUGACAGAAGUGUAUAAAAUUAUGCAUGGCACUGAGAAAGUGGAUAGAGAAAACUUUUUCUCCCUCUCUCAUAAUACUAGAACUCGUGGACAUUCAAAGAAGCUGAAUGUUGGAAGAUUCAGGACAGACAAAAGGAAGUACUUCUUUACUCAGCGCAUAGUUAAACUAUCGAAUUUGCUCCCACAAGAUGCAGUAAUGGCCACCAGCUUGGAUGGCUUUAAAAGAAGAUUAGACAAAUUCAUGGAGGACAGGGCUAUCGAUGGCUACUGGCCAUGAUGGCUGUGCUCUGCCACCCUAGUCAGAGGCAGCAUGCUUCUGAAAACCAGUUGCCGGAAGCCUCAGGAGGGGAGAGUGUUCUUGCACUCGGGUCCUGCUUGCGGGCUUCCCCCAGGCACCUGUUUGGCCACUGUGAGAACAGGAUGCUGGACUAGAUGGGCCACUGGCCUGAUCCAGCAGGCUCUUCUUAUGUUCUUAACCUUAAAGGCAGAACUCAGUCUCUGCCACCGGAGGGGGAGAUCCAAGGUUGGAUACACCCCCCACCCCAUGCUGCCAUGGAUAUCUACAAUGUCUUGGUCCAACCUGGUAGGGCUAGGAUUCAAAUCUGUUCCUGUACUCUGGCAUGCCCUCAAAUUGGGGGGGGGAGUUAGAGCAGCUGGGGACCUGCAAAACAGCCAAGGAGUGCCAGAUGGCUCUCCUCCAACCUCAUUUCUGCUCUGCUCAUCCAAUUAAAACUACCUUCAUAUUUUUCUCUGUCCCCUUUGGAUUGCAGCCAAACAGCUAUUUCAUGUUUUUCUUUUAGUUACAAACCAAGUUUAACAUUAUCACUCCCAAAAGUUGCUUCAUUUGUUUUUUUAUACUCCUGCACCAGAAGCACUUUUCAGUUUUGCCCCUCUGCUACGCCUGUACAGAUAUUUUAAACCUUUCCUGGUGUUUGAGUAUGUAAAAUGAGUAUGAGUACCAGUCUCACAUACUACAUUCUGAAGCACAGUGCCUUUCCGGUCCUAUUUUUGCUGGCAUGUCACACUAAAUCUUACUUUGCAAAUAUUAACCCCCAUCUUAGCUCUUCAUGGCCUAGCAGCUUUGGUUAAUGGCUGUGUAGUCUUCAUACAGCAAUUGUACGUCUGCACCCAAUUGAUUUUAUAUCCACUCCCAGUUUUGGGUGGUAGAUAAUACUAGGAACAGUCUCCUGUAUCAAUAAAAGCUAGACAAGAGAUCGAGCCCCUCCAGAAAUUCCAGGACUUUUAGCCAUAAUCUUAUAUUAGAGGAACAGAGAGAAGAGAAGCAAUGCCUUCACCCUUCACUUCCUCUUUAACUGGUCUAGUUUUCCAUGUAAGGAAAGGCUGUGUGAAGGCUGCAGAUCGUUUCAGUCUCAUGAUCCUGGUAGUAAGGUCUUGCAGAUGUACCAUUAAUUCCUAUGCCUGUUUACUCAGAAGGAAGUCCCACUGAUUAAUGGGCUUACUCCAAAGUAAAUGUACAGGAGGAAUGCAACUAAGCAGCAUAUCUUUGCAUGUUUAUUUGGAAGCAUGUUUCACUAUGGUCAACGGGAUUUACGUUUGUAUAGGAUUGCCUUAAAUUAGUCCUAAACAUUACUUAAGUGUUAGGACUAUACUACGAUUUAAGGUCACUAUAUGGAGAGAUUCUACAGUAAAGCAACAAAUUUCUUUUUGAGAAAUAAUAAUUCUAGAAUGUCUAAUAGUAGGAAGCUGGGCAUUAUGUUUACUAAAACAGACAACAGAGCAGGCAUAAUAAUCCUUAUGCUGGCAACACUGAAGAUCAAUUUCAGAAAGCCUACAAAGUCAAUAAAGCUACCUAGUUGGAAUGCUGUGCAUUAUCCCACUCUCCUUUAGAUGAAGACUCCAAUCACAGGGAGUGUAAAGUGACUUAUUUUGAUAAUCUCCCAUUUCACUGGUGAGACUAAUAAUGACACAAGAACAGCCCAAAACUAUUCAGACUAUGGCCCAAUCCUGUGUCCACUGUCUACUCCACAAAAACAGCAAAGAAGAAAAGGAACAAAACCAUAUAGUUUAAUAAUGCUCAGCUAUUUAGCAAGGAUUUCUCUUUUAGAGAAAGCUGAAGCAGACAUGAGAUCUUAUGAUUUUUCUACAGGAUGAUCAAAAGGGCUCCUACUGGAAGGGCAGGAUAUAAAUUUAAUAAAAUAAAUAAGUGAAGGUAAUCCAACAAAACCCUUCAUCAGAGUUAGCCAGAUGCUUUGAAGUUUCAAGUGAUGGAAAGCUUCUGAAGUUAUUGAUCAAAGAAUUAAGGUUUUGGCCACCUUGUUGCUGCAGUUCAAUACCUUACAUAACACCUCACUAACUCAAUGGUGCAAGAAGCCUGAAUGCUGCUGAAUGCAGUGGCACAUUUAUCUAGUCAUUAUUCUUUGAAAACUUCAGUAGUAUAUAAGUUAUCUGCAUAAAUUUCUGCUACUCACACUUGCUUUUUAAGUUCACUACCACCAGUUAACCCAGUAGUAGCCUUCAUGAUCUUGCUGUACACAACUAGCCUUUCAAUUCAGCCUUCCAAGGACAAUUUUGUUAUUUUUAUGCUGUAAACCGCCCAGAGAGCUUCGGCUAUUGGGCAGUAUAGAAAUAUAAUAAAUAAAUAAAUAAAUAAAUUGAGCACUUACCUCAUUGCAAAAUGACGAGAACCUAUAUGAUGCGAUUCCUGGCUUCUUCCACAGUAAAAGCAGCAGGAAGAAAUGGUGUCUUCAGAUUGGAAAUUUAUUUGAACUUCAAUUUGGAGAACUAUACAUUUGACCCUACUCUUGUUCAGAGCAACAUUUUACUUGUCCUUGCUUUGCAAGCAAGCAUCAAGCAUUUUCAUGCCCAUGCAAGUUGGGUUCCAACAAACAUAUACCAAGAAAGAGCUGAAGAUACAAGGAAGCCAGAUUUUGACUGGACAUCAGGAAAAACUUCCUGUUAGAGCCAUAUGACAAUGGAACCAAUUACCUAGAGAGAUACUGGAGGCAUUCAUGAGGCAGCUGGACAGCCAUCUGUUGGGAAUGCUUUGAUUUGGAUUCCUUCAUUGAGCAGGGGGUUGGACUCGAUGGCCUUGUAGGCCCCUUCCAACUCUACUAUUCUAUGAUUAUGGAUAGAGUAGUAUAUAUCCUAUGACAGGGCACUAACAUUGUGAAUUAGGAUGAACAAACUGAACAACUUGAAAAGUCACAGCUUUCAUUUAAAUACAACAAAAAGGUAACCCAGUUGUAGACCUUACAGCUGUGAAGAUACAUUUCAGGCUUCAGAAUUUGUGGACAAUGCUUGGUGUAUCUCAAACUGAAUGCAGCAAACUUCAUUACUAGCAGGCCAAGAUUUUACCGGUCUAACCAGUAAAAUGGAGCCUCACUACUGGAUACCACAAUUACCUACAUUUUCAAGAUUCUUCUACAAUCUUGACAGUCUGAAGCUACUUUUCUCUGAGUAAUGUCUAUGAAUUUGUGAUUUUUAAUUUUGCCAUUGUGCUGCUUCAAGAACUAUAAAAAGCAAACCACGUACAUAGGCACAUGCACAAUUCUACAACCUGAACUAAUCAAACUAGUCAAUCUAGUUUCACUAGAAAACUUGCUGGUGUGAGGUUCCCUGCUUAUUAGCUAUAUUAUUCAACAGCAGCAUAAUUUUGAUGAAGGACAUGAGAUGGCUCUGAAGCAAUAAGGAGGGGCAUCCUGAACAUAUCAUCCACCUUUCCCAGGGGCAAUUCCUCAACCUCAGUUGGGCAUUUCCCUAUCCAUACCUGCAAAGAAAUUGUAGUACUCUUCUUUCCCUUCUUAAUGGAGUUUGUAUUGUAAAAAAAAAAAAAGAUAAAGCAGUGGGAAAAUACGGUAUGGCUAUCAUUGGCUUAUGAAUUUGUCUGGACCCCUGAAAAUUUAAUGAAAGAGACACGACCAUAGCAUCAUUUUUACUCAGCAUAUUUUGCUUAUAAUGAAGGUAAUUCCAGAUGAGGCUUUUUAAACUACAGAAGCUGUAUUUUAAACUACAGAAUUAUGGUGUGGUGUAGCUUAAAGCAAACAAUAUAACUGCACAAAAAUUACCUAGUUUAGAAGUGUU